AAAAAAAAAAACGUAAAAAAAACCAAAACGAAAAAAAGGAGACGAAGCAGAAUUUUCCUUUUUUUUUUUUACAAAAAAAUCAAAUUUUCAUAAUUUUUACACAAAACAAUAACUUUCUUAAACACCCAAACUCGAUCUGUAUUAAAUCUCAUAAAUUGUUUUUUAUUGAAAAUAAGAAAAAACAAAAAAAAAGUUACAAAAAAGAAGCCAUGGCAAAUGAAAAUGAAGAAAUCCUCCAAAACAACAACGAGACAGAAAGCAAUGAACAACAGACUACAACAACGACGACGACAAUUGCAGAUAAAUUAAGAAAUACUUCUUCAUUGGGUGGUAAUAAUGGCUCCAAUCCAAGUCAAUCUGUGGCCACAACAAAUGGAGAUGCCACAGAUAACAACAGCAAGCAUUCAAAAAUCACAUCGGCAGGAGUUGGGGCAGGAUUGGGAGACUACAAGAAUAUCAGAGCAACAACAACCAGUGCAAUUCACAGUGAAACCCACACAACACAGCAACCAGUUCGACGGGAAGAGAAUCCUUUCUCUUUCAAGCACUUCCUCAACCGAGAACCGACCUCCAGCUGCAGUGGCACCAGUAGCACUUUUGUCAUCAACAGCACCACACUGGGCAGUGAUUCGGCAGCCAACAACAAUGAAACGUCUUCGACGACGACGACGUUCCAAACUUCAACAGGGGCGCGGCCGAAAGUUCCUCAAUCUUCGUCGUCGUCGUUGAUUGGCAAUAGUGCCGCCAGUGCCAGUGGCAAUGGCAAUGUGAGCACGGGAGGAGUUCCCUCGGAAUCUUCAAAGAUGAAGCGUUCGCCUCGUUUCUCCUCGUUCGACUCGCAGGCGAGUCUAGCCGAGUACGCAGCGACUGGGAGUGGAGUUCUGGGUUGUGGUGGAGUCAGUGGUUCCUCUUCGUCGGCAGGAAUAAAUACUCGCUCAUCGCCAAGUUUUCGAAUUAGCCAGAAUAUCGACGAUGAUGUGAGUUCGAAUGUUCCCAAGGAAGAUCUCCCAGGAGAUUCCGAUAGGCAACAGUUUGUCCCGAGGAGAUCAUAUUCCAACUAUGACAUUGAAUUCCACCCAUCACCUCGGAGAAGAGUUCCCGAAGCCGCACGGCCAGCAGCUCGAGGCUUUCCCAAGCCCACAAUAAAUCAUAGUUCGGCAAAUAAUCCAAAUCCACGUCCUCCCAAUUCGGAAUUUGCUGCCGCCGCAGCUUUGCCAGAUUUUGUCCAAGACCAUUGGAUGGAUGCGUGGUAUUGCAAUGAAAUGAAUUUAAAUUCGCCGCCUAAUUCACCGAAUUCCCCCAUCGAUUUUGUUGAGGAUAUUACUGGGGGAGCUGCCAGCUCGGCUGCUGGAGGAGGAAGUAAUUCCGGUCAAGUAGCCGACACGAAAUGCCAGACUUUGCCAGACUUUUUGUCAGACGGUCCUAUCAUCCACUCGUCUCAAAGACUAGCGGAUGUGGCAGCGGGAUUGCCAGCUGCAGCAAAUUGGUCGAAUAUGGAUUCUCCGGAGGAUGAUUCACCAAGUUUGCAAUUGUCGAGGUUAAGAUUGGAGAAUGAGAGGCUUUGUAUUGAGUUGAAUGAGACAAGACAGGCUUUGGGUGAACAGACACGGCGAACUAAUGAAUUGGAGAGAUCAUUAGAACAGACAAGAUCUAUGGAAUCGGCAUAUAAUCGAACAAUGGCGCAAAAUAUUGGAUUGGUGGAGGAGAAUUUAGAUCAAAGUAAGAAGCGCACAAUUGCUGCCCAAAAUCAAGUGGCGAAAUUGAAUUUACAAGUCAAGCAAUUGACGGCGGAAGUUAAUGCACUUCGUAGAGAAAAUGAAUCACUUAGGGAUGGCGAUGGAGCUGUUGGCGGAAGCAGCAGUAAUGAACAGAGACCCACCGCAGCUAGUUCCUCGUCAAGAAUUAGACCGUCCAGAUCGCAACAGAUCUCAAGAGAACUACAUAGAGCAGCUGCCACUGCUGAAAGCAACUUGAGGCAACUACUUGCUGGUGUUGACAAUCUUCGUCAACUGGCAGCCGAUAUUGAGAACUCAGAUAGCCGUUUUGACUAUGAUGACUCAUCAACUUUUCCACCGAUGUCUGAUGAUUUUCUAGAAGGCUGCGAUGACUAUGAUGAGUAUACUGGUGGGCCAGCUUUGUAAUAAUCUCAACACAAAUGUUUCAAACAAUACCCACCAUCCUACCCCCCGUACAGAUCCUCUCACCAAACAACAAAAGUUUAAUACUAUUCGAUAAAAAAUUAAAAUAAAUUAAAGAAAAGAAAAGAGUAUUUCCAGCUUUAGCAUAUGAAAUGAAAGGUUGAGCCCAGCAUAAUGUGAAAAUAAUUUAAAAAAAGAAAGAAAUAAACCCAUUUUUCUGUUAAAUUUUAAUUUAUAACACAAAUAUUUGUGUUCUUGUAAUUUGUUUCGAAUUGUUUUUAUUAUUUUUUGCUUUUAAGUUGUUCUUUCUGUAAUAUUAUCUCAAGCCUCAUUGUGCAAUUUAAUGGUAUAAAUGGCUAUAUUAAUAAAUUUUAAAAGAAAAGAACCUAAACAUUGAGUGAUAAUGGAAAUAAGAUAAACAAAAAAAAAAAUAUACAU